CGUGACUUCCUCGAGAUCUCGAUGGCCGAAGAGCGCCAGCCGCUCGCCUUCGCCGAGCCAGCGCCCGACGUGGUGCUCGGCAUGGGCGCCAACGCGAUCGUCCUCCGCAUCGCCCUCGAAGCAUCCCGCUCGUCAUCCCGCUCCAAGAGCAUCAGCGCCGAGAGUGAGAAGAAGCCGCCGCCGAGCAGCGCCGCCGCCGCUGCUGACGGCGCCGCCGCCGCUGCUAACGGCGCUGCUGCCGCCGCUGACGGCGCCGCCGCGGCCGAUGCCCGCCCGCCAAAGAUGCGGCGGCUCGACACGGCGGCGGCGCUCGAGUCGGUGCCACAGGUCUCUCGAGCAGGUGUGACGCCCGCGGUCAAGUGGUGGGACGCCGCGGUCAAGCGCUCAUUCAGCCUGCCCAAGAUGCUUGCGAUGAUCGGCGCAGAUUCGGAGGCGAGCGCGGCGCGGCGGCUGCGCUUCGCCGGCGUGCUCAACGACGAGGGGCGACUGCUUCACUUUUACGGCCUCGGCCUCGCUGUCGCCUCGAGCUGCGCCGACCGGCAGACCUUCCACUUCGAGGCGGUGCUGCUCUCCCAGUUCGACGACCGCUUCUCCACGUAUACGCUGAAGCGCUUUAUGGAGAACUACAUGGCGCUCACGGAGAACAUGGACGAGGGCGGCGAGGAGGAGACCGCCGAGAAGGCGCGCGUCGUGCAGCUCCAGCGCCACUUCUCCAUCAUCCAUGUCAAGGAGCUCCUCGAGAGCCUGCUCGACGGCUUCCGCGACCUCACGCGCGCGGGCGUGCAGUCGUUCGACUUCAACCACCUCAGCAACGUCCUCAUCUCGCGCGACUACCGCAAGGCGCGCCUCAUCGACAUCGAUGACCACCAAGUGCUCGGCGGCUCGAAGGAGCUGCCGCAUCUCGCCGUCGAGCUGGCAACGCUGCUGCCACAGCUCGUGCAGCAGCUCCUGCUGGCCAAGGGUCGCGGACGCUCCUUCGUGACCAACAAGAUCAGCGAGGUGCGACGGGCGGCAUGCAAGUCGGACGACACGGCCAAGGCCAUCCUUCGCGAACUGCUGCGCGACGCCUUCUUCCGGGAGCUGGCGCCCGCCGAGCCCGGCGAACCCACGGGAGCGGCCGCGAGCGCCGAGGCUGCCCACCUCGACUCUCUGGUGGAGUGGCUGUUUGCGGUGAUUCUGAAGCGAGCGCCAUGGACGACGUGGACGGACGACCUCUACGACUGCAUGCGCUGCAUCGACUUUAUGCCGAUUCAGUGAUAGCCCCCCAUGGCAGCCUCGCCUCUGUCUCCCCCCGCCGCCGCUCCGCCGCUACUUCCGCCUGCGCCCGCGCCACGUCCGCCGCCGCCGCCUCACGUUGAGCCUCCUCCGUCGCCAGCCGCGUCUCACUGACGAAAUUCUUGCUCCCUGACG